GAAAGGAGUGGGGCGAACAUGGCUGAAGGCAGCCGGGGCGGCCCAACGUGCCGCGAGAUGGACGGCGCGCAGGACCCGGUCUCCAGCAGUGGGAACUGCAACUUUCCAGAGUACGAGCUUCCCGAGCUAAACACGCGCGCUUUCCAUGUGGGCGCUUUCGGGGAGCUGUGGCGUGGCCGGUUGCGCCGGGAAGGGGACUUGUCGCUGAAGGAGCCACAGGCAUCCGCGUUGCCUGGGAGCCAAGGGGUCGCCGACUGGGGCCAGGAGGAUGCUGCGGUGGCCCGGGAUCUGGGCUGCAGCUUGGAGGCAGCAGCGGAGCUGCGGACGGUGUGCGGCCUUGAUAAACUGAAGUGCCUUGAGGAGGGUGAGGAUCCAGAUGUCGUCCCAGAGAAUACCGACCUAGUGACUUUGGGGGUUAGAAAGAAGCUUCUGGAACAGCGGGAAGAAACCAUAACAAUAGAUCGGGUCUGCAGACAAGAAACAUUUGCUUAUGAGAUGGAGUCACAUGCCAUAGGAAAAAAGCCUGAAAAUCCAGCAGACAUGAUUGAAGAAGGGGAGCUUAUCCUAUCUGUGAAUAUCUUAUACCCUGUUAUAUUUCAUAAGCACAAAGAACACAAACCAUACCAGACGAUGCUGGUGUUGGGCAGUCAGAAGCUCACAGAACUGAGAGAUUCAAUUUGCUGUGUCAGUGACCUCCAGAUUGGUGGGGAAUUCAGCAACACUCCUGAUCAAGCUCCUGAGCACAUAAGCAAAGACCUGUACAAAUCAGCCUUCUUUUAUUUUGAAGGGACAUUUUACAAUGAUAAAAGAUACCCCGAGUGCAGAGAUUUGAGCAGAACUAUCAUUGAAUGGUCAGAGUCCCAUGACAGAGGCUAUGGAAAAUUUCAGGCUGCUAAAAUGGAAGAUUUCACCUUCAACGACCUGUAUAUUAAACUGGGUUUUCCUUACUUAUAUUGUCACCAGGGAGACUGUGAGCAUGUUGUUGUCAUUACUGACAUAAGGCUUGCGCAUUGUGAUGACUGCUUGGAUAGGACACUUUAUCCCCUUCUUAUCAAGAAGCAUUGGCUGUGGACCAGAAAAUGUUUUGUUUGUAAAAUGUACACAGCCAGAUGGGUGACGAACAACGACAGUUUUGCACCAGAGGACCCAUGUUUCUUUUGUGAUGUUUGCUUUCGGAUGCUCCACUAUGAUUCAGAAGGCAACAAACUAGGAGAAUUCCUUGCUUAUCCUUAUGUUGAUCCUGGAACCUUUAACUAAUAAUAACAAAAAAUGUACCUUGUGACGUUACUGUCCUCUUGGAUGGUUACUUUAUUUCCAGAACAUGCCACUGAGGAACAGGAUCCCCCUGAAAUAAUCAGCUAGUUACCCACGCCCCUGCAAAAGUUCACAUCACAGGUCUUUUUUUUUUUUUUUUUUUUUAAAUCACAGGUUUUCUUAUAAAGUAACUUGUGUUUAGAAAUCUUUUAGUAUUUAUUUCAAAAUGGGGUUUUUAUUUAGUGUGUCCAUUUUUAAGUGUGUUUAUCAUACUAAGUUGUAGGAGUACUUUAUAUUUUUUUGAAUACAAAUCCUGUCAGAUUCAAGUAUUCUGGUUUUUAGCCAGUCUGUGGCUUGCCUAAUCAUUCUGUGUCCAGAGUACUUUUUGCUAAUCUAUAAUUAGAAAAAUUCAGUUAAUCAUACAUCAACUGGUGGAAGUGUUUUGAAAAUUCUUUGAAGAAUGUGAGCGCUAUACCUUGUACCAUGAGGCUUCCAAGGUAAAGAUCCCUUAAAUAUCUGUGAUAAAAAUGAGGGAGAAGAAUAAAAGUAGAUUUAACAAAUACAGUAUUAAGAAUAGCUAUUCUGUAAUCUGAUCCCAUGGUGGGCUCUUUUGUAAUAUUAGGUUUGGUUUUGGUAGAAACUAGCAAGCAUACUAAUCAUUUUAAUGAGACUCACUGCAUGAAUAAUGAAUGUAAAAAGAUCUUUCAGUAUAUAUAGACUCAUACCUUCACAAAAGUAAUGUUUAAAUUGAAGAUUCAUUUCUUGAUGAGAACUUUUUCAGUUUAAUUUUAUAAUUGAAAUAGAUUUUGGGGCACCUGGCUGGCUCAGUUGAUAGAGCAUGCAACUCUUGAUCUCAGGGUUUUAAGUUUGAGCCCCACACUGGGUGUAGAGAUUACUUAAAAAUCUUAAAAAGGAAAGAAAAAUAACAGGACCACUGGGACAUGGGAAGUCAAGAUCGUGUGGAUCGCUAGCUCUGGUUCAUUCAUUAUUGCACAGUAACACCCAGUAUUCUAUAUGCAAAAACAAGAGUUUUUCUGGCCCAACUCUUCCAUUCCUCCAGCUCCCUCACCCUGACAACCCUGUUUAUUCACGUCUCUCAUUCUGGGCAAAAGGACACCUUAGAUGAAUUCCAAGGUCUAGAUCAUCACAAAAAAUUACAGCUAUCUAUAUUAAAAUGUUUUCCCCAAAUCCUUUUUGGUGGAAAAUUUAGUUUUAAGACUUUUAAGAAUGCUGUAAAAUAGUUCCUUUUAGAUGUGUCAUUAUUUAAAUUCCACUUUCUCUCUCCUAGGUUAUUUAUUUAAAUUCAGCUGAGUUCCACAUUCCCUGGAUGGCUAAGAACAGACAUUUACCAUACAAAUCAAAAACUGAUGAAGCCUUUAAGCCUCUAUGUUUAAAAGCUUGGCAGUGAAAUGUUUUAUGGACUUAGAUUACAUAUCCAAUUAAGUUGAUUGGUGUGCUGAGGACAAGCACCUGUUUCUGGUAUGUGUAGUGAUGGUCUCAUUCACUGAUUCAGUAAAUAUACCAGCGGAUCAGUAAAAAGAAGAGGUGUCUCCCCUCGCUGGCUUAUGUUACUGUCUAAAUUUUUACUUUCAUGUUUCCAAUGAUGCUAAAUUGAACAGAUUAAAAAUUCUGCUAGAAAACCAUGUUUACCCAAUUCCUAUAAGUUCUACAGGUAAAAAUGUAUUUCUCUUUUUAAAAGAUUUUUUUUUUCUUUAGAGAGCGAGUGAGCGUGCGGGGAGAGGGGCAGAGGGAGAGAAUCCUAAGCAGACUGAUUCCAACACAGAAUGCAAUUCCAUGACCCCGAGAUCAUGACCUGAGGCAAAAAUCAAGAGUUGGACACUCAACUGACGGAGCUACCCAGGCACCCCCUGCUUUCUUUAUUUUUAAACUGUAUUCCUUGUAGGUCUUGCAUUAGUAUGCAAGGGUGUUUUUUUUUUUUUCUCUCCAAAUUAAAUUCUACUUAGUUAAUAUAUAGUGUAAUAUGUUUAGGUUUUACUUUGAUUCAUUUUCAUUUCAUAUUCUCAAAACAGCAAAUUCCAAAACGUGCACUGUACUAACAAAAGCAUUAGUCCACGUGUGAUCAUUUUAGUGGACAAAGAAGACAGACUGUCAAUUAAAACAUUACUGCUAGUGAAAUUCUAUCAUUUUUUUUUGUUAGUUUAAAGAUUUGAUUUGUCAGAGAGAGAGAGCAUGCAUAAGCAGGGGGAAUGGCAGGAACAGGGAGAAGCAGAGGCACCCCGCUGAGCAAGGAGCCCAAAGCAGGGCUCCAUCUCAGGACCCCCGGGGAUCAUGAUCUGAGCCAAAGGCAGACGCUUAACUGACUGAGCCACCCAGGCAUCCCUUAUUUUAUCAUUUAAGAAUCUCAUCCUUCUGGUUCUUGAGGGUAACUUUUCCAGCAAAGUUACAAAGGCUCUGAUGUCUUUGUGCUAUCAUUUCCCCUUGUGAAAGCUAGAGGAAGAAAGACUAACCUUCACUCCCAGAAGUUUUGCCCAUAUUUAUCACUUAUACAGAUGUCCCACCAAAUUCAGGUCAAAAGACCUUCCAAGUUUAAAACAGGCCUGAAAGAGGUCUUGAAUUAAGUAUUUUAUAGCUGUAAAUUUCAAUAUUAAACAUUACCUAAAUUAUAUGUCAUUUUAUCUAAUGAAAAGCAAAUAUGGUAAUGAACUUAUAAAUCAGCAUCCUCUGUAGUUAGAAAUGAGAUUUCGAUAGAAUAAUGGAUGAACAUGCACAAAAAGCACUAUUCAGAAAAGCAACACCUGUUUCUUUAGAUAUCUUUUUCAGCCUUUGGUAUCCUGGUAAGGAUAAUUUUACCUUCUCCUAAUCAAAUUAUAAUAUCUUUAUUAUCUCUACGGUUAGAGAAUUCCAUAGCACAAAUAUGAAAACAUUUCUACAUAUAUAGCAACUUCAUUUCUUAAGGUUUGUAAUUAUGGGUUUGCUAUUUCCAAUAGAUCACCCUUUCUCUGGCCAAUGGGACAAAAUAAGGUGUUAGUGAAGCCCUCACAGAGCCUUGUAAGCCUUUGGUCUUAUAUAGGAUUAGUUGGCAGACCUCAUCUUGACCUGACCUCUUCGAAGACAUCAGGUGAGUGUGUGUGCGGGUACUCUACAAGCAGUGUAUCAGCAAAAACUGGGUAAAAAAGAUCAUCCUAUUUGAAACUGCAGGAUGUAAUAGAAGGUUAAGAUCGUCAAGUUGUUCAUACAGUUUCCCUCCAGUUCAGAUGACACCUCUGAAAUCUCCAGAGCAGCUAAGAAGGCUUCCAACAACAAUUCAUUCUGCAGGGCCAUGCAUUGCUUACUCUUUUAAAUGUUAGCCGGUAGGUUUAAAUAGCACAAAAUAGGUGGUUUAUACAUGCCCCCCCCAAAAGAAGAAAAUAUCUCCUCUUUUGCUAGCUAUUUCAUUUAAAUUAUCUUAGUGACUUGUUCAGCAGUGGAGUUUUGAUCAAAUACACAAUUUAAAUGGAGCAAAUGCUCCUGAAAGUUUAGUAUUUAUGACUUUUUUAAGAGUUCGGAGAGCGGUAGUUACCUGUGAAUUAGCUUAUGACCCAACAGAAAAUGGAAGGCCAGUUAUAUUUUCACACUAUAUUAAUCAACUGUUUCGAGCAAGGCCAGCCCAAACAAACCAUACAUAAAUUAUCAGAAUGCUGCUACAUAUAUAUCCUGAAGUUGAAUAUUCUGUGGUUUCUUAGUAAACUAUAUUGCUCUGUUGGGUUAUAGAAUAAAAGAGGAGGGUGAACAAAAAA